UUUUUAACGGAGCUGCUCACUUGCCAUCAUGCGGUCUCUGCUACCGCCUCGCUCGCUCGCGCUGCUCCGAGGGAAGUUCCGUCGCGCUUUCUCGACCAGUGAAGAGGCUCUUGAUGCGGUGUAUCGGAAACUACUGGAGCUGGACGAUUCUGACACCUUCCGAAUCACAGAGGCGCAAUCAACGGCGGUGAAGAUGGCUACACUGGGCUAUUCAGUGUUCCUGCACCUCCCUACAGGCGCUGGCAAGAGUUUAGCCUUCCAGACGCCGGCUUUAUUAACCGCCGCAGAUAAAACGACUCUCGUUGUGUCUCCACUCAUUGCACUGAUGCAUGACCAAGUUGCGGCUUUAAGACGCAAAGGUGUCAGUGCAAUCCAAGUAUCAGCAGACGACAGGAACAAGUCGGUGCCUUUAACGCAGCUUUUAUCCGGUCAGAGACUCGUAUACACAACGCCAGAGUUUUUACAGAUGAACGCCGAGAUGAGAAAAUGGGUACAUACAGCAGACAAGGAAGCCAAACUAGCUCGGAUCGUACUAGAUGAAGCCCAUUGCGUACUGGAGUGGGGCAACACGUUCCGCCCGUCGUAUCUACAGCUCAGUCACUGGAAGAACCGCUUCUUUAGCGAUGUACCCAUCACAUUAGCCACGGCCUCAGUAUCGGACGAAGAUAUCGCCAAGUUGGCGGAACUUUUCCACUUACAGUUAUCAACCCCAGCUCCAGUUCAUAAAGCAACACCAUCUAGACACACCCAGAUGGUCUUGGUGCAACAAGUGACAGAUCGGGAGAAUUUACGGAUGGAAAUUGGAAGGAAAACGUCGCAGUCUGCUCAGUGGAUUGCGAAUAGAGUGGGGAAGGAGACGACGAUCGUGUAUUGUAUGACGCGCAAGGAGGCGGAAGACACGUGUCUGGCGCUCGUUCGAGCUGGAUGCCACGCUGGCGUUUAUCAUGGCGGACUGCCGCGGAAGAGGAGGGAGUUUGUACGCAAGCAGUGGAUGAUGGGCCAGUUGACCAUCAUCUGUGCCACCAGUGCCUUCGGUAUGGGGAUUGAUCGGUCAGACGUGCGGUUUGUGGUGCAUCAUUCGAUCCCGCUGUCGCUUUCAGCGUAUUCACAGCAGAUUGGACGAAGUGGUCGGGAUGGAAAGCCCUCAGUGUGUGUUUUACUCUAUUCAGAAGCAGACAAGGGCCGUGCAGACGCUUUAACUACUGAAGGACGUGACUUCGAGGGUGCAGUAUCCAACGGGAGCUCUCGUGGCGAACUGGAAGAAGUCGCUGCGUUCUGUGAAAUGGCCACAGGCUGUCGAAAGGAGCUGCUGUAUUCUCAUUUUGGCUUCCGCUUUGAUCCCUCUCAUUGUGUCAAGAAUUGCAACUGCGGUGAACCUCUUGAUGCUGAUAGUGAGUUUUGGCAAGAAGAGAUUGGCUGUGAACAUGACUCCAACGUGAACAAGUCAGACGAGGAGGAUAGCAUUUCUAGGGGUAUUAUUGAGUACCAGUACCAGAAAAUCUUAACUGAGUCCAAGCGGUUGAAGCUUCCGAAGCGAGAAGCUCUAUCACGUCGUCUUGUACGGGUAAGGUCGAGGUUUUACGCUGUGGAUUUGUGCUGUUAUAACGUGAAAACUGUCUGUUGUAGGAUAUUCUUGAGACUGCACCGGUAUCAGAAGAAGAGAUGGCAGGCAUGCGAGGUGUCGGGCCUGCAAAAGCUUCGAGAUAUUUUCGCUUAUUUCGCUUCGACUGAGUGACAAGCAGGAGGUUCUCUUUUGUUGGAACCCUCACGCGCGAACUGCGUGCUGGAUGGGAGUUAGAAUUCUCUUGGCCUUCGACACAUUUCUGUAAUCUUGCCAAAUGACAAAAGUCCGACAGGGGCAGCCAGAAUGAG